CUUAAUUUAUGCCGACAAAAUGCCAAUACACUUAACCUUACAUUCUUUUAUUUAUAACCAACAAAACCUCGUUAAUUUGAGCCCACAGAGAGAGUCAAGUUCUUGAGAGAGACGCAGAGGGGAUUCGGCAUCCCGUUAUAUAUUUGUCAUCUUUGAGCAUGGCGGUCACCGCAAAACAGAUGGCUCUAAUUGUGGGUGCACUUGGUUUCAUCUCCUUCGUGUUCGGAAUCUUUGCCGAAACUAAGAAGCCUGCAAGUGGAACUCCGAUUCCCGGAAAAGGUGUGGUGAUUUGCAAGUACCCUUCCAGCCCGACAGUUGCUUUCGGUUAUCUUUCAACGGCGUUUCUCGUAGCUUCGACGGUGGUUGGAUACUUGUCCCUCUUUUAUCCUUACAAAGGAAGAUCUGUUCCGCAAUCCGCGCUGUUCAAAAACUCUACUUUCACUGUCUUCUUCAACAUUUCUCUGUUCACGGCGGGACUAGGAAUAGCUUUCCUGUUGUGGCCAACAAUAACGGAGCAACUUAUCCUGAUACGCAACGUGCAUCACAAUCUCGAGACCGACUGCCCCACGGCCAAAACAGGUCUGCUGGGAGGUGGAGCUUUUGUGUCCCUGGAUUCGUCUCUCUUCUGGUUGGUUGCGCUGAUGUUAGCUAUCAAUGCCCGGGAGGACUAUCUAGAUGACACGCAGCAGGUACCCAUCAAUGGCGCGAUGGAAAUGGCCGAGACACUACAUAUUUGAUUAUCCAAUAUUGUUUGUUGGUCUUGACUAAUGCUUGCUUGAUCAAAACGAAGUAGUCUCACUGUUGGACAUUUGUGGUUAGAUUGAUUGUACAAGGAUUAAUUGUUCUGUGUACAGUAAGCUGGUGGAUUUGUAGUAACUCUCCGUGUUAGUAACGUACGUCUAUCUUUGGCAUUUUGCUCA